GGAUUCCUCUUGGGACCGUGGUGACUUGUGGAUAGCGGGCGUGCUCUGCUGAUUCAUUUUCAUUACUGUCAGCAUGGUGAUCAAAGUUUUUGUAGCCACAUCUUCAGGGUCUACAGCGAUCAAAAAGAAGCAGCAAGAAGUAGUGGGCUUUUUAGAGGCCAACAAGAUUGACUUUCAGCAAAUGGACAUAGCAGGUGAUGAAGACAACAGGAAAUGGAUGAGAGAGAAUGUCCCAGGUGAAAAAAAGCCUCAGAAUGGAAUUCCCCUCCCUCCACAGAUCUUCAACGAGGAGCGGUACUGUGGGGAUUUUGAAUCCUUUUUCUCAGCAAAAGAAGAAAAUAUUAUUUAUUCAUUCCUCGGACUUGCUCCUCCUCCAGGCACAAAGGAGACUGAAAAGCCUAAUGCCGUGGAUGAAACUGAGGCACACACAGAAAGCAAGACAGAUGAAGGGGCUCAUGAAGAGCCUCAGUCUGCUCAGUCACCAUCAGAAGAUCAACAGGAAAGAAAGGAAGAACAUGCAGCAACAGGGGGAGGAGAAAAGCAAGAAGAGGGAGGAGAAGAACAAGAAGAGGGAGAAGAAAAAGAAGAGGUGGAGGAGCAAGAAGAGUCUUAGUACACUUCCCUGUGACACUUUCUUUCUUGAACAGGUUUUCAGGAAGCACAGGAGCAGCCUUGAAAAAGAAAAUAAACCCACUCUCUCAAGCAAAACAUCACGACCUUUCAUGCCUGUAGACUAAUGAACACAUAAAUAUGUAACAGAACAAAGACAUCACUCUGUCCUACGUGUGGCCUUAUAUAUAUAUUUGGUAUCCAAUUGCUUGUUAAAUAGGUCUUCUUAUAUCUGACUGGUGAUAUUUCAGUUGCUUGUUGUAUGUUGGAAUAGUAUUGUCCAUGUCACAUUUUAGUUUGUAAGCUCCCCAGGGCUGGAACCAUGUCUGUCUUCAUGUUUGUAUUCUGCCAAACACAUUGCUGCCACACAGCAGAUAACUGGACUCCCACAAGUGAUGUAUUCAGAGAAAAAGAAACUCAACACUGAAAACUGCAAAGAGGCUUCCUGUAUACAAGAUAAGUGAGUCACUUCUCCCUCAGUUGGCUUUUGAAAAUAAUUGAGACUUCCAUUGUACAGCAGUUUAAAUAAAUGUGUUUUCUGUCACA